CCAGCAACAUGCAAACUUUAAAACUCCCUCACAGAUUGCAGAAGUGUAACACUGACAGGGUUGGAGGACGACCAGGUUGACGAGGUACCAGUCGACAGGUAAACAAGGCAACAGAACAUCCAGCAUGGUGGGAAGGAGACACGGCUCCAGAGGCAUCAGGGGGUCACAGAAACCCCAACAGCAAAGCACGGGGGGACCCCGCAAGAGGCUGAGAGAGCCAGCAUUAUUUGCCAAGGAAGCAGGAUAUGAGUCGGAGGUCCCUCAUGAAAAGCUGACCAUCGCCCAAGCCAAGAGAGGCACACCAGCAAUCCGGCCGGUCCGAGUCUAUGCUGAUGGGAUCUUUGACCUCUUCCACUCUGGACAUGCUCGCGCUCUGAUGCAAGCCAAGAACCUGUUCCCCAACACACAUCUCAUAGUGGGAGUCUGCAGUGAUGAACUCACACACCGGUAUAAGGGCUACACGGUGAUGACAGAGUCUGAGCGCUACGAAGCCCUGAUACACUGUCGCUAUGUGGAUGAGGUGGUACGGGACGCUCCCUGGACCCUCCGCCCUGACUUCCUGAAGAAACAUAAGAUUGACUUUGUAGCGCAUGAUGAUAUCCCAUACACCUCUGCUGGAUCAGAGGAUGUCUACAAACACAUCAAGGAAGCAGGGAUGUUCGUGGCCACACAGAGGACAGAUGGCAUCUCUACAUCUGACCUCAUCACCAGGAUAGUGAGAGACUACGACCUCUAUGUCCGACGCAACCUGCAGAGAGGCUACACAGCCAGUGACCUCAACGUUAGCUUCAUCAGGGAGAAGAAAAUCCGUCUUCAAAACCAGGUGGAUCGUAUGAAGGAGACGGUAAAGACAGUAGAGGAGAAGUCCAAGCACUUUGUGCACUCGGUGGAAGAGAAGAGCCAAGACCUCAUCCACAAGUGGGAGGAGAAGUCCUGGGAGUUCAUUAGUAAUUUCCUGGAGUCGUUUGGUCCAGGUGGAGCGUGGCAUGUGAUCCAGGAGAAAAGUGGUCGCAUGCUCCAGGCUCUGUCACCCUACGCAUCACCCGUCGCCUCGCCCCGUGGCUCCCCCAGCAGCAGCCCUACCAGAGGGCGCUCCCCAUCGCCUCCCUCCUCUCCCUCCUCUCAAUCCCCUCGUUCUCCUCGUUCCUCCGCCACCUACCCCAAGGGUGCCUCUGCCCAUCCCUCAACUUCCCUCAGCAGUAUGAGUGAGGGGGAUGACGACGAGAAAUAGAGACAGCACUGUCCCUCAAACACUCAGUGUACAGGUAACUGCCGAAAUAAAGGAAACACUUGUGGAAACACUAGUAAAGGAAACACUAACCCUAACCCCUAACACAAAUGAGAGAUACAGGACAAGGGAAGCUUGGUCUUUACAUCCUCAAAGACAUGCUUCUGUCAGCUGUAACUAUUUUGAAUGUGUCAAUAAUCAUGUGUAUUUCAAACGUAGAUUCAGAUUUUUGACUUUGUAGAUGUAACUGCCAAAAUAAAGGAAACAUUUGAGUAAAUGAGGGAUACAAAGUAUAUUGAAAGCAGGUGCUUCCACACAGGUGUGGUUCCUGAGUAUAUUAAACAAUUAGCAUCCCAUCAUGCUUAGGGUCAUGUAUAAAAAUUCCCAGUUGCCCAUUAUGUUGGCUAACAUGGCUAGAAGAAAAGAUUUCAGUGACUUUAAAAGAGGAGACUCAAAGUAGCAUAGAGGGUUUAAAUGGUGUGUGUGUGUGUCUCAGUCAUCUGAUCUCAAACCAAUUGAACACUUAUGGGAGAUUCUGGAGCGGCGCCUGAGACAGCUUUCCACCACCAUCAACAAAACACCAAAUGAUGGAAUUUCUCAUGGAGGAAAGGUGUCACAUCCCUCCAAUAGAGUUCCAGACACUUGUAGAAUCUUUGCCAAGGUGCAUUGAAGCUGUUCUGGUGGCUCGUGGUGGCCCAACGCCAGAGUAAGAGACUAUGUUGGUGUUUCCUUUAUUUUGUCAGUUACCUGUACAUGGUUACUUUGUGCACUGUGUGUGUGUAAAAUGUCGCCCACAGUCUACCAUAUUUUUGUUAUUUUAUUGUGUAGGUCGUAAGGUAACUGAAUGCACUGUUGAAACUCCAUUCUCACUUCUAAUUCCUGAACCACACAAAUACAUACAACUAAUACCACUAUUUCACUGUCUAAACCUGGCUUUAUUUUAGCAACAUGCUUAAAUGUGUGUUCAGUUGUAUAUGAUACAGUGCAUUCUGAAAGUGUUCAAACCCCUUGACUUUUUCCACAUUUGGUUACGUUACAGCCGUAUUCUAAAAUGGCUUGAAUCCAGUUUUUUGUUGUUGAAGUUUUUGCAAAUGUAUAAACAAUUUAAAACUGAAAUAUCACAUUUACAAGUAUACAAUCCUUUACUCAGUAAUUUGUUGAAGCACCUUUGGCAGCGACCUUUGGCAGUCCUCUUGGGUAUGACGCGACAAGCUUGGCACACAUAUACUUGGGGAGUUUCUCCCAUUCUUUCUGCAGAUCCUCUCAAGCUGUCAAGUUGGAUGGGAGUGUUGUUGCACAGCUAUUUUCAGGUCUCUGCAGAGAUGUUCGAUCGGGUUCAAGUUCAGGCUCUGUCUGGGCCACUCAAGGACAUUCAGAGACUUGUCCCGAAUCCACUCCUACGUUGUCUUGGUUGUGUGCUUGCGGUCGUUGUCCUGUUGGAAGGUGAACCUUUGCCCAAGUCUAAGGUCAUGAGUGCUCUGGAGCAGGUUUUCAUCAACGAUCUCUCUGUACUUUGAUCCUUUCAUCUUUCCCUCGAUCCUGGCUAGUCUCCUCGUUCCUGCUGCUGAAAAACAUCCCCACAGCAUGAUGCUGCCACCACCAUGCUUCACUGUACGAAUGGUGCCAGGUUUCCUCCAGAUGUGACGCUUGGCAUUCAGGCCAAAGAGUUCAAUCUUGGUUUCAUCAGACCAGAGAAUAUUGUUUCUCAUGGUCUGAGAGUCCUUUAGGUGCCUUUUGGCAAACUCCAAGCGGGCUGUCAUGUGCCUUUUACUGAGGAGUGGCUUCCGUCUGGCCACUCUACCAUAAAGGCCUGAUUGUUGGAGUGCUGCAGAUAUGGUUGUCCCUCUGGAAGUUUCUCCCAUCUCCAUAGAGGAACUCUGGAGCUCUGUCAGAGUGACUAUCGGGUCACCUCCGUGACCAAGGCCCUUCUCCCCUGAUAGCUCAGUUUGGCCAGGCGGCCAGCUCUAGGAAGAGUCUGGGUUUUCCAAUCUUCUUCCAUUUAAAAACUUCUUAGGGCUGCAAUCCCGUUAACGGGAUCGAUAUGACAACAGCCAGUGAAAGUGCAGGGCGCCAAAUUCAAAACAACAAAAAUCUCAUAAUUAAAAGUCCUCAAACAUACAUAUAUCUUAUACCGUUUUAAAGGUAAUCUUGUUGUUAAUCUCACCACAGUCUCCGAUUCAAAUAGGCUUUACAGCGAAAGCGCCACAAACGAUUAUGUUAGGUCAACACCAACUCACAGAAAAAUUCAGCCAUUUUUCCAGCCAAAGAGAGGAGUCACAAAAAGCUCAAAUAGAUAUAAAAUUAAUCACUAACCUUUGAUGAUCGUCAUCAGAUGACACUCAUAGAACUUCAUGUUACACAUUAAAUGUAUGUUUUGUUUGAUAAAGUUCAUAUUUAUAUAAAACAAUCUCAGUAAACAUUGGCGCGUUACGUUCACUAGUUCCAAAAACAUCCGGUGAUAUUGCAGAGAGCCACAUCAUUUUCAGAAAUACUCAUUAUAAAUGUCGAUGAAUACAAUUGUUAGACAUGGAAAUAUAGAUAUAUCUCUCCUUAAUGCAACCGCUGUGUCAGAUUUCAAAAAAACUUUACGGAAAAAGCAAACCAUGCAAUAAUCUGAGACGGCGCUCAGAAAAAAAAGAAAAUGAUCCACCAUGUUGGAGUCAACAGAAAUCAGAAAUAACAUUGUAAAUAAUCCCUUACCUUUGACGAUCUUCAUAAGAAUGCACUCCUAGGAAUCCUAGUUCUACAAUAAAUGCUUGAUUUGUUCGAUAAUGUCCAUUAUUUAUGUCCAAGUAGCUACUUUUGUUAGCGCUUUUAGUACACAAAUCCAAACGCUCGUGCAGGUCCAGCCGAACGUCGGACAAAAACUUGAAAAAGUUAUAUUACAGGUCAAAAAAACUUGUCAAACUAAGUAUAGAAUCAAUCUUUAGGAUGUUGUUAUCAUAAAUCUUCAAUAAAGUUUCAGCCGGAGAAUUCCUGUCUGUAGAGAAGCAAUGGAACGCAGGUCGCUAUCAUGUGAAAUGCGUGUGACCAGGACCUGGCUCUCUGCCAGACCACUGACUCAAAGAGCUCCCAUCCGGCUCCACAACACAGUAGAAGCGUCAUUCAAGUUUCUAAAGACGGUUGGCAUCUAGUGGAAGCAUUAGGAAGUGCAACAUAGCCAAUAUCCCACUGUUUAUUCAAUAGGGGCUGGGUUGAAAAUCGACCAACCUCAGAUUUCCCACUUCCUGUUUGGAUUUCUUCUCAGGUUUUUGCCUGCCAUAUGAGUUCUGUUAUACUCACAGACAUCAGUCAAACAGUUUUAGAAACUUCAGAGUGUUUUCUAUCCAAUACCAAUAAUAAUAUGCAUAUAUUAGCAACUGGGACUGAGGAGCAGGCCAUUUACUCUGGACACCUUUCAUCCAAGCUACACAAUACUGCCCCAAUGAUGGAGGCCACUGUGUUAUUAGGGACAUUCAGUGCUGCAGAAACGUUUUGGUACCCUUCCCCAGAUCUGUGCCUCGACACAAUCCUGUCUCGGAGCUCUACGAACAAUUCCUUUGACCUCAUGGCUUGGUUUUUGCUCUGACAUGCACUGUCAACUGUGGGACCUUAAAUCGGCAGGUGUGUGCCUUUCCAAAUCAGGUCCAAUCAAUUGAAUUUACCACAGGUGGACUCUAAUCAAGUUGUAGAAACAUCUCAAGGAUGAUUAAUGAAAACAGGAUGCACUUGAGCUCAAUUUCGAGUCUCAUAGCAAAGGGUCUGAAUAAGGUAUUUCUGUUUUCAUAUUUGAUAAAUUUGCAAACAUUUCUAAAAACCUGUUUUCACUUUGUCAUUAUGGGGUAUUGUGUGUAGAUUGAUGAGGAAAAAAAUGGAUUUAGUCAAUUUUAGAAUAAAGUUGUGGAAUAAUUAAAGGUGUCUGAAUACUUUCUGAAUGCACUGUAUACAGUAAAAAAAACUAUUUUAUGACAUAAGUAGUUUCUAUUAAAUAUUAAAUACAAUUCUUUCUGAGAGUAUUUGACCUACUCACAUUUCCUACAUCAAUUUAAUUUGAGGCCUUUGGUACAAAUGUUUUUAAAGCAAUCGAAAGUAGGAUAUGUCUCAAAGUAUUCUGAUACUGCCCUAUGCAUUUCUUAAGCAUCCAAUGUGAUUAUAAUCUCUUAUAA